AUGCCUUCGCGAAUCCCUCGUCCUGCGCAGACCCCGGGGCAGCUGCGCGUGCACACGGGCGGGCUGGCGUGGCGGAAGCUGGGCGGGGGGAAGCAGGUGGACGUGCAGCGCACGGACAUGGCGGGCGUGGUGUGGAUGCGCGUGCCGCGCGGGUACCAGCUGUGCGUGCGGCUCAAGGCGGGCGGCAAGGUGAAGUUCAACGGCUUCACCAAGGCGGACGUGGACUCGCUCUCGCCCUUCCUCGCCUCCACGCUUGGGUUCGCGCCGCGCAAGAGCGAACUCGCCACCAGCGGCCGCAACUGGGGCGACGCCGAGAUCGAAGGCCAACCAGCCGCACACCUACGUGGUUGUCACACUCGACACGCCCAUCCGCAAGGGCCAGACGCUCUACCCUCACAUCGUGCUGCAGGUGCGCCCCGCCCACCCCUUCCAACCACAUUCCACAACACUGCUCCCAACGUUCUCUGCCACCCUGCAGUACAAGAUCGAUGCCUCGUGUGGGCCUCCCUACUCCAUGCUGCCUCCCUACUCCAUGCUGCCUCCCUACUCCAUGCUGCCUCCCUACUCCAUGCUGCCUCCCUACUCCAUGCUGCCUCCCUACUCCAUGUUGCCUCCCUACUCCAUGCUGCCUCCCUACUCCAUGCUGCCUCCCUACUCCAUGCUGCCUCCCUACUCCAUGCUGCCUCCCUACUCCAUGCUGCCUCCCUACUCCAUGCUGCCUCCCUACUCCAUGCAUUGUGCUCCACCCAUGCUGUUCCCUCUGCUUCUGCCUGCCUGCCUGUGGGUUUCCCCAACGAGGAGACGUUUGAGGGCGGGCUGUCACUGAGCGACGAGUUGCUCACCACCAAGUACAAGGACCGCCUGCAGCCCGUGUACAAGGGCCUGAUGCACGAGGUGUUUGCGCAGAUCCUGAGGGGGCUGUCGGGCGCCAAGGUGACGAGGCCGGGGUCGUUCCGCAGCAACAGUGACGGGUACGCGGUGAGCACGUCGCUCAAGGCGGAGGAGGGCUACCUCUACCCGCUCGAAAAGAGCUUCUUCUUCCUCCCCAAGCCGCCCACGCUCGUGCUGCAUGACGAGGUGGAGUACGUGGAGUUUGAGCGGCACGGCGCGGGCACGAGCACCAUCUCCUCCUCCUACUUCGAUCUCGUCAUCCGCCUGCGCAGCGAGCAGGAGCACCAGUUCCGCAACAUCCGGCGCAACGAAUACCACAACCUCUUCUCCUUCUUCAGUGACAAGCGCCUCAAGAUCCUAAAUCUCGGCGACUCGCAUGCAGCGGCAGCAGCGGGCGCGGAGGCGGGGGCGGGCGUGGGAGGCGUGGGGGUGGGCGGGGUGGACUCGGAUGACGAUGCUGUGGACCCUCACCUCAACCGCAUCCGGGCAGGGGGGGCUGAUGAGAGCGACGAGGAGGUGCGUGUAGGGUGGAGAAGGGGGGGGAGAGGGGGGUCAGUUAAGUGGCUGAGUAGACCCUCACCCCAACCGCAUUCGUGGGGGGGGGCUGAUGAGAGCGAUGAGGAGGAAGGGGGGGCUGAUGAGAGCGAUGAGGAGGUGUGCGCAGAGGGGGGCGGAAGGGGAGGCAUGUGGGGGCAGAGAAGCGGAGAGAGUGAUGACGAGGACUUUGUGGCGGGAAAGGAUGAGGACGACCGGGGCUCGCAGUCCGACUCGGGCAGCAGUGGCAGCGGCGAGGGCAGUGGCAGCGACAGCGAUAGCGAUGCCAGCAGAGCCGCCAAUGAGGACGAGGAGGAGACCGCCAAGCGCAAGGAGAAGGCACGCAAGGAAAAGGAGAGGGAGAAGGCGAGGGAGGAGAAGGCAGGCAAGGCGGCGAGCAGUGGGGCGGCGAAGAGGAAGAGCAAGGAGGGGGCGGGAGGGGGCACAGCGGAUGACGGGGGGAAGAAGAAGCGCAAGAAGAAGGACCCCGACGCGCCCAAGCGUGCCCUCUCCGGCUUCAUGUACUUCAGCCAGGCUCAGCGCGAGCCUUUGCUGCUCCUCUAA